AUGGACUUCAACAGUUAUGGUGACAACGAGGGUUCUCACCACGACCCUUUCUAUCACCUCCAUGACUUGUCCUCUCUUGACCCAACUCUAGGGGGAGACGGAAGUCUGGCCUCCUAUGAACAAGCUACAAUCCAAAGAUUCCUCGAGGACGAUGACACACGCCGCUUUUGGGAGAUGAACCCGACUCAUUGGCCUGAAACCCCCUCCAUGGGAACGAUCAGUUACCCUGCUACACCAACACUCGAGCCCAAUGACCGAUCCUCCACGCCCGGCUCCCUUCGACUACCCUCACUUCCACCAAGCAGUUCCCGUCCCGUCACACGGGGCCAUAUCCAGCAGUAUGGGGAGCCUCAGCGCCCUCUCACUCCACUUGACUCUGCUCUCCUGACCUCCGCGCCGGGAGCCUUCAGCGAGGAGGAGAGUUCCACUCCUCGAGCGGCCCUCAUGGGUCUCAGCAUCGCAGAAGACACUCGAGAGGCAGUGGGCAGUACUAUCCAUGUCCAGAUGAACAACCAGUUCCCAUCGUCCACGCUUGGCCUGGGACCAAAUGCCAACACCCCUUUGCCCCUGAAGGAGCAGAGCCUCCCAGCCAAAGCUGUCGAAACAAUACAACCCGUCUUCCUCAUGUCCCCGCCAAUGCAGCCGUCUUCCCUCCCGAAUCCCUCCUUCACAGUGUCACAAACCGCGGUCGGUGGUCCAUCGAAGCCCAAGAACACCGGCAAGGGCAAGGUCAAGCUCAAGAAGCAAUCGCCAAAGACCUCGGGCCCUAACAGGGUCCUGAAGCCUCAUCAGAAGUCGACAGUAAAGGCUAGGCUGAAGGCCAACACUGCCAGCAACAUGGCCAACACCAAGUUCACCGCCGCCAUCCCCCGCCAGCGGAGCGACUGGCAGUGCGAGCACUGCCAGUUCUCGUGCGAGGACCACACCACCUUCGACAAGCACAUCAAGCUGGUCCACGCCCGCCCCUUCUUCUGCGUCUUCGAGUUCGCCGGGUGCAAUAGCAGAUUCACCUCCAAGAACGAGUGGAAGCGCCACGUCCUCCACCAGCACGUCAUCGACAAAGUAAACCUGUGCUCCUACGGAGCCUGCGCCAGUGACAACGAAAAACACGCCAAGUACAUGGACGGCCUCCAGGGCAAGCAGUUCAACCGCAAGGACCUCUACGACUGUCACGUCCGCCGCUCGCACGGCCACCCGACCACCAAGGGCCAGACCCGCGAGGAGUGGGAGUGCAUGAUCAAGGCCCUGCUCGAGCAGUCGUGGCACGUCCGCUGCCUGACGCCCACGUACAUGGAGUGCCCGAACCCGGACUGCAACCUCUCCUUCCAGGGCGACGACGCCUGGGACCAGCGCAUGGAGCACAUCGCCCGCCACAUGGAGAUGGCCGCCACCGGCGAGGCCGACGACAUCGUCAUCGGCGGCGACGACGACCGCACCCUCGUCGAGUGGGCCUCGCUCCCCGAGAUUGGAGUCAUCGAGCGCGUCGACGACCAGUGGGAGGUCUGCUUUGGCAGGAACAAGGCCCAGCCCGAGGAGUAG